AUGUCAGCGCGUCAGAUUCUGGCGUUCCUCAGCGGCGUGGCUGGUUUGGGUGCCACAAUUGCCGCCACAGUGUCCAAUGAAUGGAGGGCCACCAGCCGUGCAUCUUCAGUCAUCACAGCUACCUGGGUGCUCCAGGGUCUGUGGAACAACUGUGCUGGAAAUGCCAUCGGAGCUCUUCACUGCAGACCUCAUCACACCAUCUUACAGCUAGAAGGUAAGAGAAGACAUGUUUUUGUAUCACACUUGUCUUUAUUGACCACCUUGGUGUUAUGCAGAGUGAAUCAAAAUAUAAAUUUGUGUUGGUGUGACCAUUGCCUGCAUACUAACUUUGAGCUGAGGAAAGUAACAUUCAGCACAAAAGCUUUAAGAAAUGCAACUUGAGUAAUCUUCACCACAAAGACGAAAGUGCACUUUCAAAAGCAUCGAUGUGUGAUGUUGCAAGAACUACUGCACCUGCAAAUUAUCUGUCAAAUUUCAGAUCUUAGGGGGAAAAAUACCUAAAAGUCGACCAUGAGUUCAGAUUUUUCCCUGUAGAUUUUAGUCACUGACCUUGAAAACUUUGUUACUGUAGAGAAAUAGUAAAAUGUUCUACCAUGUUGAGUAAUUUUCAAAGGAAAUCAUCAAUCAAGACCUUAUUGAUGAGAUCUCAUAGUGCAUACAGUCAUCCACAUUUUAUCAGAUUGUCAGUAAAAUGCACAAAAUUACCAAGAGUUUAACCUUGAUGGGUCUUGGUUUGCAUAUUCUUCACCAAUAAUGCUCAAAACUGACAAAUAUCAUUGAAUUUAAAUGGCAAAAUUGAAACGAGGCCUCCAAGGUUAAGAAAGGUAAAAGAAUCACUUAUCCUGAAGAUGAUGGCUCACGUGUCGAACUUUGGCAAAUGUGUAAUCACUUAAUGGAAAUGUCAAACUGAAAGUCUUACACUGAUGAAAAGAUCUACACUAAGACAAAAUGUACAAACAGAAUACUAUAUUAAAAACAUUCAACUUUUAAGGCCUUUAUUAAAUAAAGCUCAAACAUUUCCACCAUGCCUGUUUUUAUUCUUGUGGUAUCAAGAUAUAGCUCUUGGAUUAUUAUUGGUUUAAAUAAGACAAAAGAAGGUUAUGUUUUACAUCUACAAACACCAUUAUUCUUAAUUUACCAAUUCUUAAUUUUCAUAACUUUCUCAAGUCACCUUGUUCAGAAACACGUGUGUCAUUUGUUGAAAGAAAAACAGCCAAGUGUUUUACAGAUAGUCAGCUCCAUCUGAUGGUGGCAGCAGUGUGAGGACAUUAUCAGCAGCACAUUUAGCCACUAGAUGGGGCUCUAACUUACAGUAUAAGAGCUUACUGACUUGCUCUUUUGGGUGUCAUUCUCUUCCUGUUGGUUUCUUCUCAUCACAUAAUUAAAGUCAUCCUUUAAUUUAACACUUUUGAACUGGUUGACUGUGACUCUCUGUGACGGAGCUGCCAUUUUAUUUUUCUCCCAGCAGACACAUUAGUAAUGAGUGUUAAUAAGUAAUCGAAAUCCUGCUAUUUUUGGUGUUCGAGGAAGUUCAACCACUUGUGUUGUGUUUUCACGUCAAUGGGAGAUGAAGGUGAGGGGAGAGGAUGUGACACAUUUACUUGUCUGUACAUUGUAGAGACAGUUUUCUUAACUGAACAAUAACUCAAAAUACAUGAUACAAACUAUUAAAAGUUUAAAUGUUUAAUUAUUUUUAGGCUUUUAACACCAUUGUUAUGAUUCACUUUCCUGCUCCAGUAGGAGGCAGAAAGGAGACAAGAGAGACUAAAUGAAAACCUGUUUUUGGUCUUGAUUACAUCUGAGUCCUAUGUAAGGGGAUGUAGAUGAGACAUUGAAAAGGUUUUAUCCUAAAUCUUAGUUUGCUAAAGGUUGGAACAUUGGAGGCCAUGGAUGUAUGAAUUUACACAAACACCCUAGCACUGGUUCAUACGGCCAGUCUCAAAAGAACACUACCAACCCUGUAAGAAGGAUUGUUAUUUUAACCUACCCUUGAGUCUGAAUGGUUGGAACAUUGACACCAUUAACUUUUUACAAGUUCAUUCAUUAAUAAUUCAUCCCACCUCAGAAUAAAUACUUUCUCUAUGAUGCAUAACUGUCUCACAUUACAUUUGAUUUAUUCUUUUUUAAAUUCUUGUUCUUUUUAUCAGAUCAAUCAAUUAUCUCAUUUAGUUCAAAUCAAAGUCUAAAAACAUGUUCAUGACAGAGAGCAAAACGCCCCUUUUGGUUCCUAGACCGUAUAACUGAUGUCACCACUGAUGCCUUUCAUCCGUCAUGAUUUUGAGUCACGCUGACGUUGACUGUGUGAGGGGCUGGCUGUCGUUUUGAUAGUACACUGACCACCUGUUGAUGUUUAAGGCCAAACUCCUCCCUACAGCAUAUAAGAAGUCACAAAACAUUAACAAUCAAUCACAGCCUAUCCAUUGAACUUACUUGUGCGGAGCCUGGCUACAUUUUUAACAAGCUUUACUAACCAUUCAUGAGUUUUAGGUCAGAUUACUGAGUUAUUUGGUCAUCAGACAGCAGUCUGGAGGAGUUCUCUGCAGUAUGAGCAGCAUGUUUCAGGAGAUCUUUGCCUUUAUAAUAUCGACCUCUGGGUGGGUGCUUGUCAGUUCCACCUUGCCCACAGACUACUGGAAGGUGGCUUCACUUGACGGAACGGUCAUCACAACAGCGACUUACUGGUCAAAUCUUUGGAAAACAUGUGUGACUGAUUCAACUGGAAUCUCCAACUGCAAAGACUUUCCCUCGAUGUUGGCACUGGAUGGUCAGCUCUUUUUCCCCUUCAUUAUGGAUCCUUGGUUUCUCUGCUUGUGCCUCUUUUGUGAGCUUGAAAUCUUAGUCAACUUUAUCAGAUUUAUUUUAACUUUUGUUUGUCUCUCAAUGGCAGAUCAUUUAAGCUUUAAAGAGGGUUUUGUUUUCAUUUAAGUUAACUGCUUUAUGGCGAGAGAAAUGCUGAUUUACCCUCAGUUUUGAAAUCUGGAAUAAUUCCUCAAUCUCAGGUUUUUCCUUCUCUAAAUAUCAAAGCCUCCCCAGGCUAAUAGGUAUCCUAAAGUACAAUGCAAGUCUUCAAGCAACAGUUCAUUCACCUCCAAAUACCGUCAAUGUUAAACCUUUGUUUCUCAAAGCUACAUAUAGGUGAUUUACAGGGACCCAGUCCAUGGCUGGCUCACUUCAGUAGUUGACUCUCUUGUUAAUACUUGCCUCAUAAUGACAUUUGAAUGUGAAGUUUUGCACCAAAAUGGUCUUCACAUGACCACUUAGCACCUAAAACAAUUAGGUUAACACCUGACAAACUGUAUUUCUCGCCAUACCUGUAAAAUGUGGUCGCAAGGUCAAUAACUCAUUGACCACUGCUGGUGGUUUGCAGAGAUGAAGUCACAUGGUCUGCAAAAGCACAGUAGGGUUUCUGAACAUUAUGGUCUUUGGGUUUUGUGUUUGCAGGAUACAUCCAAGCAUGCAGGGGGCUGAUGAUCGCAGCUGUGUGUCUGGGUUUUUUCGGUUCUAUAUUUGCCCUGGUUGGAAUGAAAUGCACCAAAAUUGGGGGAACAGACAAACGUAAAGCCAGGAUUGCCUGCUUUGCUGGUGCGAAUUUCAUUCUUAGUGGUAAGUAAAGUGAUUUUUUUCCCCCACAUAUUAUUCUCUAUAUCUUUUGUGUCACUGAUGAUUUUUUUUCUUUAUUCUCAUUAGGGUUGUGUUCACUGUCAGCAUGUUCCCUUUAUGCACACAGGAUAACAUCAGAAUUUUUCGAUCCAAUGUUUGUGGCUCAAAAGUAAGAACCAUUUUCCUGUCAGGGAAAAAUAUUCAAAUUGAACUCCAUCAAUUACACCAAGUUUGUUGUUCUUGCCUUCAGGUAUGAACUUGGAGCUGCUCUCUUUAUUGGCUGGGGAGGUUCUGUCCUCUGUAUCCUGGGAGGCAGCAUACUUUGCUUCUCUAUCGGAGAAUCCUUCAGCGAAAGGUUCAUGAGACUAACACAUACUGUGUUUACUGAUACAGACUGUAAAAAGGUCAACGUGAUGUACGAAUCAAUUUCCCUGAGUCACAGAGGUUUGAUGAAUAAAGCUGAAUGUAUUUUCUGUCUCUUUACAGCCACAGUCAAGCUAACUAUAUCUACAGAGGUGCUGCCUCACAGUCUCAUAUCUCCUCCUACCCAAGAGGGCAGGCAAAGUCCAUAAACCAGAGGCCGCCUCCAGACUACAGCAACUCCUCCAGGAUUCAGCACUUUGAUAAGAAUGCAUAUGUGUAA